CAUCGCCAACCCAGUCCCAGCUCGAUCAUGGCUUCUGAGAAAACAUUUUAGAGGAUAGACUCGGCGAUUACAAGCGGGGCGGAGCUCCAUCUCUUACCCCUCAACGAAUGCCAGUGCUGACGCCGUUAUCCACUAGCUAAAGAACAUGGAGUUUGACAGCUCUGCGACAGCUUCUGCGAGUUCUAGGGGAAGCACUGAGGAGGAUUUCCCCAGUCCACGGAGUUCAUUUCUCUGUUCUGUUGAUGGGGAGCUACUGGUGGAUCCCGUUUCCGUAUCAUGCGGUCACAGCUUUGAGAGAAAGGCUGUGGAGGAGCAUCUCAGGCUGGGAAACUACUGGUGCCCUGAGUGCAGCAAAGAGCUUUCGCCCACGGAGAAACUCACUCCGAACGUAUCGCUGCGAUUCUAUAUCUUAGAGAAGAAGCAGAGAGACGCGGUUAAGAAGCUGAGGCUUGCGGAUUCCUUGCUUUCCUCGACGGAUUUGGAAUGUGUGAACCGUGCCCUAGAGGACCUAAAGGAUGCGAUGAUGGAAAUCCCUAGCUGUAUCGCUAAGGCAAAAGAAGAUAAGGUUCUUCGUUACCUCGCAUUGCUCCUGAAGAAAAGCUUAGGAGACACUAGAGCGGUGCUCAGUUGUCUCCUUCUAAUAGCACGGUUUUCCGAUGAGAGCAAGGAAACGAUGGGAACGACGGGGGUGAUUAGGUGCCUUACGAAGCUUCUCCGCGGCGCUGAGCCUGAGAUUUAUGCAUUAGAAAUCUUGCUGGAGCUCUCCAAGAAGGACACCAUUGCCGAUAAGAUUGGAAAUGAUCCGAACUCCAUCCCCACCUUAGUCUCCCUGCUCAACUAUCCGACUGCUGAGAUAGCGGAGAUGGCGCGCGGUGUCCUGGAGAACCUUUACAGAGUCCAAUUCGCCAUUAUGAUGGGCAAAUGCGGAUACUUAAGUCCAUUCCUCGAACAUUUUUGCCAAGAAGCAGAGAACUCUGUGGAAACGAGAGCUUCGAUGGCUGAUGAAUUGGCUCGGAUGAAAUUAACAGAAACUGCUGCGAGGAGCUUGGGAAACGACCAGUUUGUUACCUCUCUAACUGAGUUGCUCAACUCUGGAUCGGUUUCUAGCAGAUCGUCUUCUCUCCAGUGCAUCAAGCAGCUCAUGGCUUUUAGAGAGUUCCAGUCCCGCUUCCUGUCGAAUGAAUUCGCCAUCCCAGCUUUAAUAGGCCUAAUUACCGUAGCUCCGGAUCAGCUAUUGAUGCAAGAAGUAGUAGAGAUCAUCGUUGCACUUAUUCAAAUAAGCCAGCAUAAGGAUCAUCAGAACAAUCCAGGAUUGCAGGUUCUCUACUCUAGCAACACUAUCAAAUCCUUUCUUUUGCAGAUUGAAACCUCUGGUUAUCAAGGCCAAAUUUCCUUACUGAAACUGCUCCAGAUAAUUGUUCAGAAAUCUGAUACAGCACGACAAUGGAUAAAAUCCAAACUUGGCUCAAUGAACUUUCUCUUCUCCGCCCUUAAACUCGAUCAAAACGACGGUGUAAGACUGCAAGUACUGAAAUUGAUAUACUACAUUGCUGGAACCGAUAUCAAUGACAUGAUUUUUCUUCCACCAUCUCCCGCAAAGGAUUCUUUUGUGAAUUAUCUUAUAGCUAUACUCACCCAUAGUUCUGUGGAAGAAGAAAGGUCUGCCGCUGCUGGCAUUAUUGGGUAUCUUCUAAUCAGCGACCAUAGCAUAGGUGAGAUGCUUCAAAAUACAUCUUUUCUGAAAGCUAUAAAUGACAUCUUCUCCCAUAGCAUCAAGUCCAAUGAAUUAUUAGAAAAUUCCCUCACAGCACUGCAUAGGUACAUUGUGAUCUCUAAUUCUGUAACUGGUAGGCAACUCAACAAGCUGCAUCAACUUCUCGUUCAAAUGCUCUCAAAUGGCGCCAGCACUCUUGCUAAGCAGCACGCCGCCAUCACUAUUUCCUAUCUGGCUCGUUGCAGCAGGAUUCCCUCAACACCAGUGAAUAGCUCAUCUUCAUUUGCACAGUUAAGACAGAGAAUCCCAAAUUUGAUACAGUCGAGUAAAAGAACUCUUUGCUCGGUACAUUUGUCUAGCUCUUUGCAGAAUCCCUUUUGUCUCAUCAAAGCUGGAGCAGUGAAGCCAUUGAUAGAGAUGGUGAGAACUAUGGAGCCUGGAGCUUCUGCGGCAGCUUUGAUGGCGCUUAACACUUUGUGUACUCAAUGCGACUCUACUGCUGCUGCGAAUGCCAUUGUGGAGAGCCAAGGUGCAGUGGCAAUUAUUGAGGCCUUGGAAAGGGGAUCAAUGUCUGUCAAGGAGGCUGCACUUGAACUCCUUGAAAAGGUCUGCGAAUAUCCUAGAAUCAAAGCUGAUGGGUUAGAUGAUAAGUUUGAAAAAGUGCUGGUAUACCUACUCAGCCAGGAAAACAGGAUCAAGUUUAAGGCAGCUUCCGUGCGUGCAAAAUUGGUUAGUAUCCCAGAUGAAACUUGAUUUCAUCUAUUGAGCCAUCAUUAGGACCAACUUUUAUUUUUUUGUUGCUAAUACUAGAUUCUAAACUGGAAAAUAUGGAUAUAAGUGGAAAAAGUUUCCUUCUUGAUUA